AUGCACAACUUUGCUGCCUUUUUUCUCUACGCCUUUGUUGCGUGCAAUAUUUACGGACUAGUUAAAUCCGAAUCAGAGGAUGAUACUGGUUUCGUUUAUAUUCCGAAGGAUUCCCCAUCCCGAGAGCUCCAACCUCUGCAAAAUAGUAUUCAAUUUCUCCAGAAGCAAUUGAAGUUACAAAUAACAACGCAGAAAACAACACUGGCGAUUCUGGACACCAUGCAAAAAAAUACCCAGGAGAAACUAGAAGCCAUUCAAAGGGAAGUGCUUAAGAGUCUUGAACAAAUGAAAAACGAAACUAAUGAAAGACUGGAUAGAAUUGAGGACAUGCUGGAGAGAAGACCGCUGGUGACUGAGGCACCGAGAACGAAUACCAUCCCGAAAGGAUUUGAGAAGAUAGGAUCCCGGUACUUUUAUAUUGAAGAAGAAAUUAAAAAAAAUUGGAUUGAUGCCCAAUUCAACUGCCGGGAAAAAGGAGGUUACUUGGCAGCCAUCCAAGAUCCAGAGGAAUUUGAGGCUCUAAUAUCGAAACUCAGCAAAGACAAUCGUUACUGGCUGGGCAUUAACGAUAGAGACUAUGAGGGAGCAUAUGUUUCUGUGGCCUCUGGGAAUGCAGCUCCAUUUCUGAAGUGGAUUUCUGGAGAUCCCGACAACAGGGAUAACUAUGAGAACUGCGUGGGAGUGGCCUACGGCAGCGGAAUGGCUGAUUGGCCAUGUAGAUUUGCUUUUAAUUUCAUUUGCAGUUUGGACAAUACUGUCUAG